GCGACAUUCCCUAAUGCGUACAUGCUACACAGUUGUCAUGGUGACGGAACGUCAACACCGAUCUUGGGUAACGUCCCUCGCCUCUCCGGUAUCCUGACUGACUCUUAAAAUGUCAGAAAUGUCUGCUGUGAACAGAAAGUUGGUUCAAGCUCUUGUUGAAACAAUCUCAAAACAGGUGGAGCAUUGUGAGUAUUCAUUUAAAUAAAGUUUUGACAUUUAAGCCUGAGCUAAGCUAGGAGAAAGGCAAGGCAAGUUUAUUUGUAUAGCACUAUUUAUACACAAGGCAAUUUAAAGUGCUUUGCAGAUGCUUUACAGAAGGAAAUAUAUUGGAAACGGAAGAGAUUAAAAUAAUUUAAAACAACUAUAAGUUUGCCAAAGAUGCUGUUUUUAAUUAUCAUCACUCAUAAAAUGAAUCUAAAUAUGUCCCACAGCUACUUCAGGUAACAUUUUAUCUUCCUUUAUAGUCAGCAAAGCAGAGGUUGAGUGCCUUAUUCGAGGAUUUAACAGUCUCCUUGGGGAGCGAGCUGUUCCUGAUCAUACAGCUGGACUAGACAGAGGCAGGUUCAGAAGCGUACUGCACAACUGGUUUGGGAUGACUGACUACAUGAUCAUGGAUGGAGGUAAUACUCAAGAUAAACGUUCACUCACUUAUUUGCCGUAUACAGGCACAUGUUUUAACUCUGAAUACUCACAGAUAAAGUUCGGACAGCAUCUUGUGUGUUGUGUUGUUACUUAUCACAUAUCCUUCAGUGUUCAGGACGUUUGACAAAGACAAUGACAACUCCAUCAGUGUGAAAGAAUGGAUCAAAGGACUGUCUGUUUUCCUUCGAGGAAGUUUGGAUGAAAAAAUAAAAUGUAAGCUCUAUCUUAUAUCUAAACUUAGUCUGACACAAUUACAACUUACCAGACACUAAUCAGGUUAUAACUCUUUCUCACAACUCAGACUGUUUUCAUGUGUAUGACUUGAACGGCGAUAACUACAUCUCCAGGGAGGAGAUGUUUCAGAUGCUGAAGAACAGCCUCAGCAGACAGCCCACAGAAGAGGACCCUGAUGAGAGAAUCAAGGACCUGGUGGAGAUCACACUGAAGAAGAUGGUGAGUGUUUACAUUCUGCAGCCCUCUCUGUUGGGAUUUCUAACCCUCUAGAUAACUCUGUACUUCCGUAACAUCUCACAUUAACUUUUCUGUAGGAUCAUGAUCAUGACGGCAGACUGUCUUUUGAUGAUUUUGAAAAGGCUGUGAGAGAAGAGAAUCUCUUACUAGAAGCUUUUGGAACCUGUUUACCUGACACCACGGUAAUGAAUCUAAAGCCUCUGAAAAUCAAAUUCACACUAAAACUAUUUAUUUAAAUAUUUCCUUUUUUUCAGAGUAUCGAGACAUUUGAGAGGCAUGUAUUUGAGGAGCAUCAGGAUCAUUGAAGAAACCAUGUCUUUUUCCAUUUUUCACUUACAUACUCUUUAAUAAAAAUGUUCAGAACUUUUUUAUAUUGUAUUGCAAAAUUUGUGAAUUAAAACAAGUUGCUAUGAAAA